UUUAUCUGCGCCAUAGCAGACGAGUUGACAAUGAAAACAUGUCUUCAAAACAAGAAAUAGAAGGUUCAAGUCCAAAGAGGAGUGAGCGCCUCAGGUCCAAAAGACGUCUUAAUGAAUAUGAAGAAAAUCCACCUAUACCACCUAUUAUAUCAUUAGAUGUUCUCGCUCAUGUUGCAACUGAAACACUCAAACAGGAGCCUAGAUCAUCAGAGACAGUUUCGCCAUCAGUAUUACAGGCAAAUGUUCCUGCUUAUAAGAAAAAUUCGAAACGAGUGCCCUUAUUGUCUUUGGGACAGAUCCAGGGCUUGACAGAGAAGACUAUUGUGAAUUUGUUUACUGACACAUCAGAAAAUGAGUAUUCUCGAACAUUCACCUUUAGAUGCAUGCUUAUGCCAAAGCAAUGCAUCAAAGAAUUUACCAGCUAUGGCAGUGACAUGAAAGCCAAAAAUGAGGUGAAGAAGCAUUUGUAUCAACACCUGAGUGAGCUUGAAAGAGAAGAGAUGCUGGGUCAACCAAAGUUUUAUGCUGAGCCGGUUCAAGCAAGACACAAAAGACUAUGCAAAGAAGAGGUUACAAAAAAGACUACGCAAAAGAAAAGUGGUAAACAGGCACCAGAAAGCUUCAUGAUCACAGUUCCACGUUCUGAAAAGUUAAAAAAACUCAAAGAAAAUUAUGUGAAUAAUCUUGAAAAAGAUGAAACAGCUGUUUCAUCCAUUGGUUUUAUUCCUAUGAAAAAAAAGUUAAAAGACCAUUUUGUUUCAAAAGAUAUUUUGAAGAACUUAGGAAUGGUGAAUGCUAAAGUGCCAAGUCCAGAACAGGGGAAGGAGGAAGAAGAAAAUAUUCCGGAAGAGGACAUAGAUGUGAUGGAUGUGGACUAUCUGAAUCAUCCAGAGCUGAAAGACCAUUGCUAUACAACAGUGUUAGGGAAGCGAAUUAACAGUCUGGAAGUCAUUAACAAGUUGAAAGUUCUUGAAUAUGCAGAUAUAGAUGAUGAAAGAAGGGAAAAAGCUUGGUCUAUUUAUGAUUAUCCAUUUGUUUCAAAGUCAAUCACACUGUUGCCAGAUGCUGUUAAUAAAGGCAAGAAGCCGACUCCAAUACUCUUCCUGCGACACCGGUCCCCUGAUGAGAAUGUCCCUAUGGUGAGCAGGGAGGAAAUUAUUGAUAUUGAGUCUGACGAUGAAAAAUCCGAAAAGAUUGUCAUUCAGUCCGGGGUUCCAAUUACAUUUAAUAAAACUUACUUCACACAAGAUGUCAAUCUCAGCCACGGGGAAAAGCCUUACCCACCAAUGCCUAAGAGUGGGCUUGCUAAGAAGGGUCGCCUGGGCUUUGAUAUUGUCGACAUGGAGGACAUGAGUGAUGAUGUGCUUAAGGGGCCAAAGUUUAACCCUCUUUCACGAGAGGGCAGGGAGGGUAAUCUCGGAUGGGAACCGGCUUUAGCGAUGAAGUACAUUAGAGAGCUACGUGGGCGAAAGAAGGGCGAGAACAUAGCUUUACGCUGUAAGAUCUGCAUGGAUAAGACGUUCACAGCAGCUGCUACACUCCUGUAUCAUUACCGUAGUCAUGCUGGUUUCAAGCCAUUUGUGUGCCUGAUCUGUAACACAACAUUCACCCGGCAACACAGUCUCAACUACCACAUGCUUAUACACAACAACCAGAGUCGCUUCACUUGCAAGGACUGUGGCAGGAAGUUCAGGCAUCCAAGCCACUUCAAGGAGCACCUUCGAAGACAUACAGGCGAGACACCAUUUUCAUGUACUGACUGCUGGCAGAAGUUCAAGACCAGAAACACAUACAAGCGGCAUCUGAGGACUCGUCAUGGCAAAGUGCUGACAGCAACCGGGAUAUACAGCUUGUCUUUAGAGGAGUUUGAAAAGGUUAGGACUAAGAAAUAUAAUGUUCGACAACCAGAUGAGCAAGGACAGACUACUGAGGAAAUACAUGAACAUGUUAUUAAAGAACCAUCGUUACCAGUUGAAAAUAAGAAAAAAAGUGUUCAGAAAGAAAGUGUGAAAAAGGCAAAGUCAAAAAAAGUUGAUAACAGUGCUGAUGACAGAAUGAUGAUUUUGGAAGAACUGAAAGCAGACAUCAAAAAAGAGGUUGGAGCAGAGAAUGACUCAGAUCCGGAAUUGAGCACAAUCCUGGAGGCUCUAUCCCAGAACUGUGAGGAGCCUGGAGACAUCAGUAGGGCCCAGCAGGUUAAACGGGAACCAGUUGAGGGAAUGGAUGGGGCUGCUCAGAUAAACACUUUCACAGGCUCAGAGCCAGUGCCAUCUAGAAUAUUUGUGAACCAGCACAUGUUUAUGAGUGAAACUUGCUGACUUGAUUAUAUAACAUGCAAGCAUGUUGCAUUGUUUUGAUUUGUACAGUUGAUUGACAUUUGUAAAUUUAGUUUUGUCAAUAAGAGGCAUUAUUUUACACAUCCAUUGGAUUCCUUUGACAAUUUCACAUGACUUGUUUAUAUUUGUGAAUGAAAUGUAUAUGAUAAUUGAAAUAGUGCUUGAUGUUGGCAGUAAAUUUGUCUUGCCUGGAUAGGCAUUUACUUUGCAUUGUUUAGAGCUGUAAAAUUAAGAACAUACUUAAAUGACAAUCAGGAGGUUACUUUGUAAAUCAUAUUGUUUUCUAUUCUAAAUAUGUCAGAAGUAAAAAAAGUAGAUUGCAUACACAUGUGAUUGUUAACCUAUGGUGCAGAUCUAAUUUGUUAAGUCUUGUUGAUUUUUUUUAGAUUGAUUUGUUUGAUUUGUGUUAGCUACACAUUUUUGAUGUACACCUCAUAUAUGAAUUUAUUGAUAAUUUCCGUUAAAUGUUGCAUUUAUUUGCAGUUAGAUUUUUUGCAAACCAGCAGCUGGCCUGCAAACAUUACUUUUGUAAUUCAAGUAUGCAAUGAGCUACUUUUAUCUUGGACAUUAUUUCUUAGAUCUGAUCUAAUUUCUGGACCCAGUUUCUCAAAACAAAAAAAGCUUGUUGAUUAAACUUGUUUCAUUUUAUAUUUGCUUAAAUAUUUGCUUUAAACUGUUUUUACAUAACACAAAAUAGUUUAAUCAUGAUUUUUUGAAAAGUUUCCUUUAAAGACAGGAAAACAUACUUAAUGGCCCAAUUAUGUUCAAUAAUAUUUAUCAUACUUUGAAGGUCUAACAUUUUAAACAAUGCUUAUUAAAAAAGGAAAAAAAUACAAUUUUACAUAAACAGUAUAGAAAUAAUUGCAAACAUGCAGCGGCAGAUUUUGAUGUUCACAAAAUCUCAAUUAAUCUAUUACAAACGGACAUGACAAUUAAGGGUUUGACACUAAAGAUAGUCUGAAUCCUUAAUUUAGAACAGGACUCCUUCUUUUGUUUAGGUUGGCAGCCCAUCAAACUAGUGUAACCAAAGAAAAACAGUAAUUACAAAUGCUAUUUCAAAUAUAUUAUUAUUCUUGCCAGUUUCUGGAAUCUUCAUUCAAAUCUAAACUCAAUAAUUUUGAUUUGAAACAAUAUACCUGUAGCUUUAAAAAGUAAUACUUCAGUUCUUCUUUAACAUUGAAUUUCAUAUAAAAAGGCUGAAUUCCUUGUUUUUGACUUGGACUCCAAACAUUUGCGAGUAGGUUGCUCAACAGACUACUGUGCAGCCAGUGUUAAACACCGUUGCCUCAACUUCCAAUGAUAAUGUCAUCCAUAGUCUGAGCUUCAUUAUAAGUAUAUUUAAGUUUUCCAUACAAAACUUUAAUUUAUUUUAAACAUAAACACUAAGCAGGCAAUGAAUCUGAUGCGGUUUAUGAUUUCUCCAUAGCUUUAUACAUGUUUGAAAAUUAAGAUAGAUCAAUAUAGGCUUUGCCAAACUUUCAUAAAAACAACACAUUUUAACACUAAAUCAACCUAUUUUGAUCAAUUUAUUUUUUAAUUUAAAGAUAUUGAUAUUUUUCUUUUGUAUGUGAGCAUCAUUUAUAACGAACAUUAAAAGUGUUCUUUCCUGUCUUUAUUAAUCUAAAAAACUGAACCUAACUUAAUGUUGUGCUGAGCUUAAAACUGUGCUAAGGGAGAAAACUCUUCAGAUAUUGGGGCCUGUUGAUUUAAAUACACCAAUUGUCAAAUCUAGUAUCAUUUGUAUUGAUAUAUGUAGUGUAAAUAUUUGCCAUUGUUAUUGUAAUAUUGUUCAUGAUGUAAACAGAACGUUUGAAUUUUGAAGACAGAUUGUGAUGUCCAUCAUGUAUAUAUAUAUCAAUACAUGUAUAAUCAAAUUUCAAAGAUGAAAAAAUAUUGCUCUAUUCAAGUGCUUUUUUUCAAAUUAUUGCACAAAAAUAAACUUCUAUGGACCAUCUAAUAAUCCUUUUUAUUGUUUUAAACAUUCCAAAUACAUGCAACAUCAACAGGUGUUUACAAUAAGAUAAGUCUAAGUAAAGAUGACAGCACUACAAAAGUACUGCAUACUAACAAUUUAUCACCUUUUUUCCAAGCAGUCCAAUUAUUCCUGCGUUACAUGGUGUCUUGAGCAGACUGUUCAUGUAAUGAUAAUUUGAAGAUUAUGUUUAUACAUAAGUCUACAAGAAAAAUGUUUUCGAAAUAAAUGUAGUUAUCAAAAAGGAUUGUAUAAUCUCUGUUUAAUUAUUCAUGACUGGUCUACAUUUGUUGAAUUUGAAUGGUAAAUAAGUGCUCAAUUGCCUAGAAUCUUGUGUAUUUUUUAGCUACAUUCUGAAAGAUGUUUUAAAGUAGAAGAUUUGACAUGUAUUACUUAAAAAAAGUUUCUGUCAACAAUUUUUCUGGGUUCUUUUUCCAAAAAAUAAUUAUUUUAGCAUGGAGCAUGAACUAUUGCACAAUAUGAACUUGUGUUUAUAAAACAAUGAGGCCUUUAAAUGUAGAUUAUUUUUGUGUUUGACCGAUACUUGUUAAGAGAAUUAUAGCAUGAACAUUAAUGAACUAAGUACUGCUAUCAUUACAAAUAUUCAUAUAACUUGAAUAAAGUGUAUAAUUGU